GACAAGUGUAUCUUAUUCUGAUACGAAAAGAGUUAGUGAAAAAUGGCCUUCGAAUAUCAGUACCCGUUGGUCUCUGUGCGCAGCGUGUUGUGAUCCGUAGUGAGUCGUAUUGUGCAGUGCUGCUAACCGAAUUGGUUUCAUAAAUUUCUCCAAACACCUAGGCCGCUCAUGCAGUUCCUGAGAAGACACUUAAGGAAUGCAGAACUAUUGAUCAAUAUGCGCUUCGGUGUUCGGCAUUAAUUUCAUUGGAACUUUCUGCUUUUUCAAAUAUGAAAUUCUCAGAAAUGGUUUGUCAUUUCUGAAAGAAAAGACGAACUUCACAAAAUGGUGAUCUCUAAACUGUCUGUUGGUCAGUGGAUUUUAGUAAAUACCACUUCGUUUGUUACUUAUCGAUCUUUCUCACUUGCUUUUAUUUCGGUGUGUAUGGAAGUUUUAUUGUGAAAAAGGCGACACUAUACAGAAAUACAGACAGUGCCAAGUUAAUGCUACAGUGUAUAAUAGACGGAGACUGAAGUCAGAACGAUAGACCUUUCUGUAGGCGUCAGUUCUGGGUGUGAGUUUGAACCAUGAAGUGAGUAACCAACGUGAAGAUUGUAAGCCGUAGUUGCAAAUAGAGUUGUCUGGAUUUCCGGAGGCUAUAUCCGAAUAUGUAAUAGUGUUAAAUAUAUAAUUUUACUUCGUAUUUCUGACAUUCACCAAGUAAUGCUGUAACAUUUUCAUAGUUGUCUUCAGUUGUGAAGUUAAUCCGAAACGUUUUAUAAAGAGUGAAGACUGACAGGAGUGACAUCUUGCUGUGUGAAUAUAAAAAGCAAGCUGCAAUUGAAGGCAGAUGGAGUUCUCCAGGUUUACAGUGUUAUUGUCAAGAGCUCUGCCGAAUCUAGCAUAACUUUUAGCUGUGUUAUGAGUGUAACAGUAGCCACUGGACUCUAGAUAUUGCACGUCAACGCAGCGGUGUAAUGGAGUACUCGUGGAGCCUUGCCGAGGACAGUGGCGGUGGAGGUAACGCAGAUUCCUCGGACAGGACGUCUAUCACCGGCGGGCAGCGUCUUAUUAUUGAUGCCCGGCGUCUGCCUCACCAAACGCCAGGCCGGGGAGACUUUGUGGGAGGCAUUGACAACGAGGCUUUAGACUUCAGUCAACUGGAGGACUUCAUCAAUGAUGAAAAUGAUGCUAGCAAUACAUAUUUUGCUGACACCCUGGCACACAAUGAGGCACCCCGUCCACCACAAUCUGGUCACUCCACCACCAGUACACCAAAUGUUGCACCACCACCCCCACCACCUGCUGCAGCUAUAGUGAAUGUUGUUGUGGAGCCAGGAGGGAGCUCCAGUCAUCACAUAGCUAGUGUUAUCAAUGCCAACAAGACGGUGCGGAUGCCAGGAGGUGUGAUUGGUACUUCAGCACCAUUUAAGAAUGGUGUUGCUGAUGGCUCCACAAACUACACACAUCCACACAACCUUCCUGAGAGCCCUCCAGAUUCAGGUUCAGAGCCACCAUAUUCACCACCUGACCCAGGUGCCCAUUCCCCACAUCAGAAACAUUCAUCUGGCACAACAAAUCUUCACCAGGAAAUCUUACUGCAGCAUCCUGCAACCCAUCCGCAUCAUCAUCACAACCAUUCCCUGUCACACCAUCAUUCCAAUUUGUACCAUCCAUCACAUCACAUUAAUCUUGUGAAACCUCCUCCACCCACUCCUCAUCCUCAUGGAGGUCUUCCUCAACAACAUUUACCUGUGGGAGAGACACUACUUGUACAGCAUCCAGUUCUCACACCACUUCUCACUCAGCAGAAUAGCAACCCUCAGAAUAUUCCGUCCCCAAACAGUACAAAUCCACCUGCGCAGGCUCAAACUCCAAUCAGCCUAAAUGUGACAGCCUCCUCAACAGGGCCAACUUUACAAAAUCUAGGAUUAGCACCAAAUACAUCCACCUUAGCACUGGCAGCAGCGCAUGCGGGCCUUACAAGUGAGCAUCAGUCUGGCAACAUCACAAUCUACUCAACUGUCCAGGGGGGCUCCAAGAAAAGGAAAUUGUCACAGGAUGGGGGAACCCCAGGAUCAGGAGCCAAUGGAAAUUCAAAUGGGGCCACUGGAGGUCAGCAACAGGGCCUGAACAGUAUGGUGCAUGUAAAACAAGAACCAGAAUUGUCUCCAGACUCAAGUUCCAAUCAGACAGGAGUGCUGGAUGAUGACUAUGGAUUUGACAUUCCUGGAGAGUCAGGAAUGUACCUGGAUUCCAGUUACCAGUGCAUUCGUUUUCAACCAUUUCAGCAAACAGCAUGGCAUGUGCUGUGUGACCAGAACUUAAAAGAACUCCCUGUUCCACACUACAGAGUAGAUGCAGACAAAGGAUUCAACUUCUCAAAUGCUGAUGAUGCUUUUGUUUGCCAGAAAAAGAACCAUUUCCAGAUCACAUGUCAUGCACAGCUUCAGGGUGAUGCACAGUUUGUCAAGACACCUGAAGGUCUCAAGAAAAUUUCCAGCUUCCAUUUGCAUUUCUAUGGCGUUAAAGUGGAGUCCCCAACACAAACAAUCAAAGUGGAGCAAUCACAGAGUGACCGCAGCAAGAAACCCUUUCAUCCUGUGCUUGUGGAUCUGCAAGGAGAACAGGUGACAAAGGUGACAGUUGGACGUCUACACUUUAGUGAAACAACAUCCAACAAUAUGCGUAAGAAAGGGAAACCAAACCCUGAUCAGCGCUACUUCUACCUGGUUGUAGGUCUCCAUGCACACUGUGCAGACAGUAACAACUAUCCCAUUGUCUCCCAUGCUUCUGAACGCAUUAUUGUCAGGGCUUUCCUGUUUCAGGCAUCGAACCCUGGCCAGUUUGAAAGUGAUGUAGAACUGUGUUGGCAAAAAGGCCAUACACCAGAAUCUAUCUUCCAUGCUGGUCGAGUUGGAAUCAACACAGACCGACCUGAUGAAGCAUUGGUUAUCCAUGGUAACCUUAAGGUGACAGGCCAUAUUGUGCAGCCAAGUGACAGGAGGGCCAAAGAAAACAUACAAGAGUGUGACACUCGGGAACAGCUACGCAAUGUUCAGCAGCUGCGUGUGGUGCGGUAUCGAUAUGCACCAGAAUUUUCUCUCCAUGCUGGAUUGACUGUUGACCCAAACCUCACCUCUGAUACAGGUGUUAUUGCCCAAGAUGUACAGAGGGUUCUGCCAGAGGCAGUGCAUGCUGCAGGUGACAUAAUACUCCCAAAUGGUCGGAGGAUAGAUAACUUCUUAGUUGUAAAUAAGGAGAGAAUCUUUAUGGAGAAUGUGGGAGCUGUGAAAGAACUAUGCAAGGUGACUGACAAUCUGGAGACUCGUAUUGAUGAACUAGAGAGAAUGAACCGGAAACUUGCCAAGCUGAAGCGAAUUGACAGUCUUAAAUCUACAUCAUCAAGUAUUUCUAGUGUUACAAGUAAACUUUCUGGAGCUACUCUGAAGCAUAGAAGACGCAACUGCUCAAUUGUAGAUGAUGAUGUCUGCUCCAACAAAUUCAUUCAAAUUACUAUAGUAGUUCUUGUGCUCAUCAUGGCAUUUUGUUUGGUAGCAAUGGCCACUCUGUACUUCUUGGAGUUUCAAAACAGAAAUAAACAAGACCAUGACAGUCCUCACAGCCAACGUGUGGGGCAAAUAAGUCCCCAUACUUCAACAGUGCAAACACUGACUUUCAAACCAGUAUUUAGUUCUCAUCCUAAUAUACCACCUAUAAGUAGUACAAUUUUUCCUACAUCUUUCCCAUUAAACAUAGCCUCACCGAAACCUUCAGUAAAACAUUCAUACUAUACAAAGGAUCUCAUUACCAAUUCCUGGUAUCAGACCAAACCUCCUCAAAGACUGACCACCAAAUCUCCUAUUAGUAAUGACCCAGUAUUGCAUAUUAAGUCCGUUAGCCCCCUUCCCACAAAUCUCUAUAGUCCUUUAUCAACAACAAAAUCAGAUUAUGCAGUAUCAGAGGGUCCUCCAAAUGCAGAUACGUUUUUGUCUGCUGCAUCAGUGCGAGGAAAUGGUGCUGCAAGAGCAUCACCACCUGUUCUUGGAAGACCACAAGAAUGUUCUCAGUUGGUUGGAGGAAGUGGAACCAAUGCAGGUGGCACCAGUAACAUCCAUCACUAUAUGGACAAUGAAACCCCAUUAUGUCAGACAUACUGCUGCUCUCCAGACCUGCUGCACCUUGAGGAGACACAGGAGCACCAUAUGGAAUCAGCGACAACCUCCACUCAUCUUGCUGCAGCUGAUACUCCAUCUUCCAGGCAGUACUCUCACCCUGGUGGAAGCCCAGUGAACCAACGUAUGACACCAGCAACUAAUGCACUAGAUGAGCACAGGAAGCAAGAAAAACAGCAACAAAGCAGCUAUACCUCUGUUCUUGACCCUGCUAACAACCAAGCACUGAUAAAAGAGCCCUCUGCGUGGUUGAAAUCUGAGAGACUAAAGAAUGCAGUAGACCUUCUUGUUCGACGGCGACGGGAGACAGAUGAAUGGAACUAUAGAGAGAACAAUUAUAGCAAUUCUGACUCUUCUUCUGAUGUGGAUCAUACAGGUGUGUCAGUGAGCGUGAAAGGGCGACACUUCAACCAGACUCUGGGCUCUGAGUUCUGCUCGGUUCAAGAAGGAAAUGAAUUUGCACCCUGUAUUGACCGAACAGCAUACAACUAUACAUAUACAAUUCCUCUCAGCAGGUUUAUGCCUGAUGAAUAUCUUCUCCUACAGUUCCAUUUCUCACACCUGGCACGAUCACAUUCACCUGAGCUGUGCCAUUCACCUGUUGGCCCUUCUGUAUGUGUAUGGAGUCGUAGUCAUGAUAAUUGGUCCACUGAUGACUUGAGCUCAGGACUGCACAGCCAGCAGCAGGGAGAAAUUCAUACUACUAGUGCAUCAUUCUCAAUCAAUGUGGGAGCCUUUGCACGCAUGACAGUUCGCUACAGAGUACCACUGGUACAGACUGUUUCUAAUACAUGCCUGCUUCCUAAUGAUAAGCUUGGAAUUGAUUUCCUGGAGUACAAUUUCCAUUUCUACAGAGAUUGUGAUGAAUGAGAAGAAAUUGAAGGGUAAUCAGGAUGGGGCCUCAGUACAGGAUUCAUUGUGAUGAUUGACUUGCUGUUUAACUGUGGUAAUUGGGAACAAAGUUAUUGCCAUAUGAUAAUUAUUUUCUCAUGUUUAAUGCGAUGCAUUUUCAAAGAAAUCAUUAACAGUCUGUGGAGUAACUUAAUGAUUUCAUUCACCUGAAUUAUAAUUAAGUAGUAAGCAUUGUUCUCAGACCAUAGGUACAUGUAUCAAUGACAUAGUUAGAGUUCUGCAACAUAUGCAUUCUCUGGAAUAGCAUUGAUCAAAAAAUAAUGUUUGCAUUGCUAUAAAAUUCAGUGGGAAACAUGCAUUUCAUCUUGCAUUUAUCUACCCAUGACAUAUAGUACUUCUAUUCAAAGCUAAUGUGUAACCUGCACAUUACUUCCCACCACUGUUCUCAUUUCAUAAAUGUAUAUAAAACUGUAAAUAAAAUGAUCAUGCUUGUUACUUUUUGUGUGAGAUGAAGCCCCAUGUCAAAGACUAAUUAUGGUAGAAUGCUAGUUAAUUCACUCUGUUAUGCAUAAGUGGCAUGAUAAAUAAUUUUAUAUGUAAAAUAGUAUUCAGAAGAAAGAAAUCUGCAACAAGAUGCUCACAUAUGUCCAUCACUUAUUCUACGGAGAAUAACUAGGAAAGUAACCAGAUCCAUCUGUUCCCUUUUGUAGUUGAACAGGUGUUGUCUGAAAUUUAAUAUAUUUUCUGUGCACCAAAGGUUUUUUUAGUUGGUGAUUUAAGGAGUCUGUCACUAUCAAGACUAUAUAGUGCUGCUGGUAGGAUAAUUAAUGACUGUGGAGCAGUUGGUGGAACCGCAGGGGUAUGUUUUCUUUGAGUAAUUCAGUCUCCCCUGCCAGUUCUUGCUUCCAAGGUAUUGUAUGGGCAUAAAAAAGAGGUAUAAAUUAUUUAUAAUAUAGCAUGACCCCAGCAAAUUGUUGGUAGAAGACUGUGAAUAAGUAAUUACAUUUUAACAUAAAACAAUUAAACAUGUGACUGGCGAUUGCAGGCUCAUAGAUUUCAAGAUUUGUGCCCAUGUCUCAUCUCAAGUUGUAAUAACAAAAUGAUAUAAAUUGUAUAUUUUAUGGUCCAUAGUUUAUAAUUUGGACUAUCAUACCAAGAGAAGAGAACCGAAAUUAUCUAUAUAAGUUGGUUACCAAUGAAUUUUAAAGAGUAAUAUCUUCUGGAUUGUGAUGCUGUAUUGUCUGGUAGAAGUUUAUCUGUUUUGGAGGAACAUACUGCCUCUAUCUUCAUGAUUAAAAAGUAAGCCACACAAGCAGAAGCUGUGCUUGCUGUUAGCUUCUUGCUUGCUCAGCUUACUCUUUGUCUUUGAAGAUGAAAGUUAUUUCUCUGAAACAUCAUUAAACUUCUACCAGUCAACACAGCAUCACAUCUCAGAAGAUAUUACUUUUCAUAGUAUGAAUAUAUCAAGUCUAGCAAAUGGAUGAUAUUUCUUUAAUCUGUAGAAUUUUCAUUAUCCUAGCUAUGCCAUUGAUACUUUAAGACAAGCUUUAGCAUUAAUAAAAGUAAAGCAGAAAUUUAUAUGUAUAAUAACUCAGAAUUUAGGUAAACUGUUUCAGUGUUUUCAUGUUGUCUUCACAUUCAUAUGAAUGAGUUCAUAGGUCAAUGUAAUGCAAAGCUUUCUAUGCUAAACGUUCUUAUAAUGUUCAGUUCCUAGCAGUAAUUUAUUUUGAAAAGUGUGUGAUGGAGAGCUCGUAACUUUUAUACAGAAAUGCGAUUGUUCUUUUCUGUUGAUAAACUCAUAAUGUUUGAAUCUCCUGCUUCAGAUUUCUAGCAUUCCAAAGAAACACUGUAAUUUGCAGCUGUUAUCCUACCAAGUGCAAUGCUGUGGCUUAUCUGACAUAAAAAGAAGACUGUGUUCUCUCAUGUCAACAGCACUGUAGCACAUGGCUGAAUAAUGUAUCCUGUCCAUGUACAAGCAUUUUGAAACUGACCUCUAUAAUCUUAUCUUCAGCGUAAAAUAGUAGAUUUGUUCACAUAUGAAGAAAUUUGGUGUAAGUUGAUAAUAUAAUCUACAGUUUACUACAGAUACUUUUAUUCCUUCCAUAUAAAACAAAGCUCACCACAUUUCUAUAGCUUCAGCAGUAUCUCUCACAAUCCAACCUAUUUUUUCUUUGAAUCCUUAAUUUUAAUAUUGUUAAACAUGUUAUGAAUAAUUUGUCAUUCUUUGCUUGUAAGCACUUGUCCACUUGUACACAUUACAUACUAGCAUUAGUCAUUUGUAGCAAUAUGCACUUUGUAUCACAACAGUGAGACAGAACUAAAACUGCUAACACUAUUUUGGAAUGUUCUAGAAUAAUUGUAUAAGAAAAUGGAGCAACGAAGGGGCACUGUUAUGUUUAGAGCAAAGUAAUGAUAAUCUGAAAAAUGUGGGGAGGGAGAUUUAUCAUCAGCAUUACCAUACAAUUAUGUAAUGUUAAUCUGACAAAAGAAAAAGGAAUGUAUCAUAUCAUCAUCAUUUUACAAUUAUAAUUAUGUUUUGAAUAACUUAAUUUAUAGCAGUUUUAUUACCUGCCCUACUCUUUUAGAGGUUGUUGGUGUCAGAGCUUGAGUCAGAAACGUUAGAGACAAUACCUUUCUGCUUCAUUUUCAAGGAAUAAAUGUCCUGCUUUUACAUCUUAGCCACAUAUGAUAUCUGUAACAAUAUCAGUAUGUUUGACAGUCAUUUCUUUAAUAUGAAUCUUCUGGUUAAUUUGGUUAAUUGUUAGUUACCAUAUUUUGUUACAUUCAGUACUAUUAUAAAGUUAUACUUGUCCUGUGUCUACUUUGUACUGCAAUAUCUUAUAUGCAUUUGUCCUACAUGUUUGUGUUGUUUUCUUUUACUUUUUAUUUGUUUGACUGUGCUGACUGUAAUUGUCUCUUGUAGCUGUUGAGUUAGCACACAGAAAUAAAGAAUUUAAUUAUUACUACUACUAUGCUGAAAAAUCUAUAACUUUAGUUCAGACAAUUAAACUGUGACUUGCAUUUACUUCUACAUUCCAAUCCAGUGCAAGGAAACAGUAAUGUUAAGCUUGACUUCUUGCGGAUGGCAGCAUUGGAAGUAAACAGAUGCCUAUAAGAUAACUUUCUCUGGUCUUAAAGCUGCAUGAGCCAUAGAAUAAUUAUUGUGUCAUUUCCAUAUUACUUUUUAAAGGACAUACAGUAAUAAUGCAUUAAUUCAGUGUACAGGAAACAAAAACUAUGAACUUUGAGGGAAAUGAGCUUUGCUUGUUUUAUUUUUGCCAUGAGUAUCAUCUUCUGGACAUUUCAGUGCUUUCUCAAAUGUUGACAGUAACAGUAUAAUAAGAAAACAAAUACUGAAUUAUCAGAGAGGUAUGAGUGACAGAUAACAGACUAUUAGAUUCCCCCCCAUCCACUGGCUACCAGCCUAUUAUCAGCCUCCUUCAAGGUGAUUAACACUAGUUGUAGAAGUGUAAAAUAGUACUGCAGACCCUUUGAUUUUUUUUUCAUUCCUUUUCCAGUAACUCUUUGAGAUGCUACAAACAGUGUUUCUUGAUUGAGAAUACUAAAUAUUUUGACUAUAAAUAUCCACUAUUAGUCUUUGUUAGUUCAAAUUAUUUGCAACAUGUGAUCAGUUGAAGUUAUAUCAUAGUUAAUAGAUGCCAUCGAUAAAUAAAAUAAUACAUUUUCACUAAAUACACUUAGAUUUGAAGGCUUUAAACAUUUCUGCUGUUUAUGAAACAUCCCUCUUAGGAUUAGAGUUUUUGAUUAACCAGAUUUUAUGACUUGCUGUACUAAAAUAUGUUUCUGAGUUAAAAAUUAACAGGGUUUUAAUUUUCUUCAUUCUCGGUCUGUCUAAUAUGUAUGUGAGUAUAUCAUGGGUUGAAUGCUUGGAGAGAUUGGGGUUCAGUUCGUGGCUGGGACAGAGAUUUCUUCAUUACUACAUCCAGACUAGCUUUGGGAUCCACCCAGGCUUCUAUCCCUUUCCUUGGAGUACAGUGGCCAGUGAGUGAAGCUGAUUAUUUACCUUCAUCUAGUGCUGAGAUUAAGAAUGAAUGGAGCUGUACCUCUGCUCCCUCAUAUGUCUUUCAGUUGUAAUAAUUAAUUAUGCCCAGACACACUUCUGCCUGUUCCUUUCACAAAGCUAUAUCUCUAUGGCUGGGGAAUGUUAUUGAUUUAUAUAGUACUCUGUUUAUUUGAAUUUAAAAUAAGGAUAACAGAAAACAGUUCAUUUCUAGUUGUUAUGCUGCUGCUUCACCGAUCACUAAACACCAAUGCAUACUUAAUUGCAACAUAUUCACAUAGCUGUAAUAUUAUCAUUAGUAUGCAGUGGUGUUUACAGAUGCAAUCAGCAUUCUGUGUUCAACACACAUUGCCGUAUGUUUUCUUCAUCAAAAACAUAAUUUGUUACAUGUAUUACAACUAUAUCACAGUGACCAUACAUGAAGUGAAGGGCAUGGAACUUGAUUCUAGUGAAUACUUUUCUGUUGGCUUUUUCACAAUUAUAAGAUGGCACCUUAAUUUUCAUAUGUUUCUUUAGGAAGAAACUUUAGCUUAUGAUCAAGUGAACACAUACAGGGUGUUUCACAACUUUAGGGCAUAACUGCAGGAGGUGAUUACCUAGGUCUUUGUGAUCAAAAA